AUGUGGGGCAAAGUGAAAUUGAUGAUGCAGUAUAUUCACAAGAAUUUUAUCAACGAUUACGACUGGUUUAUAAAAGGUGAUGAUGACAUGUUUUUAAUCACUGAAAACUUACGUUACAUGUUGUCAGCUUACUCAACUGAGGAUCCAAUUUAUUUCGGGUACAAAUUCAACUCAUCACUACAUAAAACAGGCUUCUUUAGUGGUGGCAGUGGUUAUGUGAUGAGCCGAAAAACCGUCCAAACGUUUGUUGAAAAAAUGCUAACAAACAAAGAGUUUUUCCGAAAAUCAGAAAGAGAACCACCAAAUGAUUGUCAUAUUGAAACCGAUAAUAGAGCCGAAGAUUGGGAUAUUUCCCUUUGUCUUGACCAUUAUAAUGUGUAUGCCGGUGAUUCACGAGAUUUGCUUAAACGAGAUCGCUUUUUUCCAUAUAAGCCAGAGGCGCAUUUAUUCGGCAAACCCGAUCCCAAUUUUGGGUACUGGCAAGUCAAAUACUAUUGGAACGAUGAAGGAUUGGAUUGCUGCUCAAAUUAUACGAUUAGUUUUCAUUACAUCCCAGCUAAAUAUCAAUACUCGAUGUAUUUCCUCACGUAUAGGCUGCAACCCUUUGGAAUUAAACGUCAUUUCCCACCGCCACCAAAGAAAAGGGAUUUUACAGAAGUUAAGAAUAUACUCGACCGAGAAGGAGUUAAUGCAACUUUACGCGGUUAUUAA